UUGGAACCACAUGUUGGACCGGCAUGACAGGAAAAACAGCUGCUCUGAACUUUCUGUUCACUUCUGAGGAUGGCUGAGAGAAGGUCGUCAGCAGUGAGGGCAGCAGAGCUGGACUUCCUGCAGUUUAAUGAUCUCGCCUGUGAAAGUGUCGGAGGGAAGGUUAUUUUUGCCACAGAUGAGUGGUUUGCUCCUGCUAAAAACCUGCUAAAGAGAGAUCCUCCUCAGUUCAUCGGAUCUGCCUUCACCGAAUUUGGGAAGUGGAUGGAUGGAUGGGAGACGAGGAGGAAGAGGAUACCUGGUCACGACUGGUGCAUCAUUCAACUUGGCGUACCUGGUCUGAUUUAUGGAGUUGAUGUCGACACAUCUUUCUUCACAGGAAACCAUGCGCCAUAUGUCUCCAUCCAAGCCGCCUGUCUCGGUGAGCUGCCCUCCUUCACCCCUGGGGAAGAUCGGACAGGCAUGGCCGCCACUGAAACUCAGCAAGCUGCUGUUUCCAAGCUGAGCUCGGAGGCUUGGCCAGAGCUGGUGAGCGUUUCCCAGCUGCAGCCUGGAUACUCAGACUCUUGUCACAACUACUUCAGGGUCAGCCCCAAGAGGAGAGUCACACACCUGCGCCUCAACAUGUUUCCAGAUGGAGGAAUAGCCAGACUGAGGGUGUUUGGUAUCGGGCACAGGGACUGGUCGUCUGUCCCAGCCAACCAGAACGUUGACCUCAUUGCCCUGACUAAUGGGGGAGUCUGCCUUGGCUACAGCGAAGCCCACUUUGGACAUCCACGCAACAUGAUUGGACUUGGAAGAGCUGCCAACAUGGCCGACGGAUGGGAAACGGCCCGCAGAUUGGACCGACCCAAAAUACUGAAGGCAGACCAUCAGGGGAUCCUCCAGGUGCCUGGCUGGGAGUGGGCCGUGUUUCGUCUCGGUCAUCCUGGGCUGAUCAGCAGCAUCGAGGUCGACACAAACCAUUUUAAAGGUAGAAAUCAUGCACAGACGCUUCUGUUCACGUUUAAUAUAAACAGGAACGUAUCUUUUUAUCCUUAUGAUUUUUGCUCAGGUAACUUCCCAGACUCUUGUCGGAUCGAAGCGUGCGUCUUAACACCCGAAGAGGAGAGUAGAUGCAUCCAGACCAGAUGGGACUCUGGUAAAUGGAAAGUUCUCCUGCCAUCUCAGAAGCUCCGUCCUCAUCACAGGCAUCGCUACAGCAGAGCGGAUCUCAUGCUGAACCAUCCUGUCAGCCACGUUUGGCUCGUCAUCGCUCCUGAUGGGGGAGUCAGCCGCCUCCGUCUGUGGGGUCAGCCCACAGUGAUCGCAGGAGCUCCAGCCAAUCAGAAGGGACCAUCAUCUAAACUCUGACACUUCAUUGCUUAUUCAUUCUCACCAGGCAAACAUUGAAAGAGAAAUUUGUGAUAACUUGAAACUGCAACA